AGCAGCAGAUCCGAUGCGGAUUGCACAAAUGUACGAGUGUUUGUGAUGGAUGCUGUUUGGCCUUCUUGUUGUCCUUCUGCGUCAUAAAUGUUGAAAUAAUUCAUUGAUUCAAGCUACCUGUCCAGCGCGCUCGUUAUAUACGCUCGGGCAAUCCGCACACAUUUUAUUAUCCGGCAGACGUCGCGAGUGAACGGACAUCAGUAUUCAAUCUUACUUACGGCAGUGUACUUUUGCAUACGGAGCUUCUUCCAGUACUUAGGACGACAAUCCCAAGGAUAAGAUGCGGAUCGCCUUCGCGGUUGUAGUCGUCGUCUUCGUCGCCCUGUGUGGCAUCUCGAAGGCCGAAGCUCUCUUAGAUGGAUCAUCGUGCAUAACACCGUACCAAGAGCCUGGUAUUUGCAAGAGUAUCAAGCAGUGCGACGACUUGCUGAAUCUGCUCAGGUCGCGCAGUGGCGAUCCGGAGGUGCGAAACUAUUUGAUCAAAUCCUCUUGUGGUUACGUCGGUACCGACCCUCUAGUUUGUUGUCCAAAACCAAACUACCAGACUAGGGCCACCACGCAGAAGCCUAGUGGUGGCGGGACCAUUCAUACUAGUGGUGGUAUAAUCACAGGGAAUACAGGCAAUGGAGGUUUCCCUGUGAACCAGGGAACUAGUACAGGUACCAGUGGAAACGGAGGAAUCACCGGCGGAAAUAGUGGCGAGACCAGCGGUCGUAAUCCAACGCCGGUGCCUGUGGUUGAGACUCCCAAUGAUGGCUUCCUCAGACCUCCGCAUUGCGGUCAUAGCAACCACAGCAAUGAUAGGAUUGUCGGCGGAAAACCAGCUAAAUUGGGCGAAUUCCCUUGGAUUGUAGCCUUAGGUUACAGGUCUAACAAUCCGAAUCAACCCUACUGGCUGUGCGGAGGCAGUUUAAUCACGGAAACACAUGUAUUGACUGCUGCUCAUUGUGUUCACAACAGACAGACUUUAUACGUAGUUCGUGUUGGUGAUCUGGAUCUUUAUUCGGAUGAUGAUGGGGCACAUCCAGAGACUAUACCGCUCGUCAAGGCAAAGGUUCACGAAAAGUACAGCGCCACAGAACAUACCGACGAUAUCGCAAUUCUCACUAUGCAACGCAAGCCCAAUCGACAAUCUGCGUGGCCUAUCUGCUUACCAGUUGAUCCUGCUAUGAGGCAGAAGAACUACGAUCGUUUUAACAUGUUCGUAGCCGGAUGGGGUAGCACGUACUACAAGGGUCCAAGCAGUAAUACGUUGAUGAAGAUAUUCAUUCCUGUAGUACCUCAAAAUCAAUGCAAAGCUAGCUUUGAUUCGUUGCCUGCCGCGAAGGUCACCAUUGACGAAAGAGUUCUGUGCGCGGGAAUGCUCAGCGGCAAAGAUUCCUGCCAAGGAGACUCCGGCGGUCCUUUGAUGCUUGGUCACACCAUAGACCAGUUCUAUCAGAUCGGUAUUGUCUCGCUUGGUUACAAAUGCGCCGAGCCAGGUUUCGCAGGAAUAUACACUAGGGUCACCAAUUACAUAGAAUGGAUUGGCGAGAACAUCAAAUAAUCCACAUAAUUAUCUACCGUAACAAUUAUUAUUAUUAUUCGAUCAAAGGACUAUUAUUAAUGUUAUUAUUUUAUUAUUUUUAUACGAUUCUUUUUUUUUAACUAUUCUUAUAAUUAUCGCCAAUGUUUAUUGAGCACCGACCAACGGUGCUGCUGAUCCGACCAUACGUGAUUACGUAAUUCGAAGUGAUUGAUUUUCGUACGUUGACGAUGAUUCAAUCAAUGCAUACACGUUCUGCUGUUGUGCGAUGUGUAUUUUUUUCCUUCGUUCUUUUGAAACACACUAUUAUGCAAUGUACAUUUUGUUCAUAAUUAUACUAAUUAUAUAAUCGUCGCACAAUUGGAAUUGCAUGCGUUGGAUUUUUC